GAUUCCAUCUCGACACACGACCCAACCUUCAUCCCGAUAUCACCCGCACGGUUCCAUCGAGCGAACGAGCGUAAUCGCACGCGCGCGUCUAAAAAGAGAGAGAAAAGGAGGGUUAAAAACUCUUCUGUCUUCAUCUGUCUUUUGUUCAGAGCAGAGUUUUCAAUAAACUCCGAGCACACGGUGAUCGGCGAAAGUUCUCAAUUUCGAAGAAAACCGGUCACAGUUCUUUAAAUCGGUGAGAGUAUAUCACCCGCGGCGCACCGAACAAGGAGCACCUAGGAAGAACCUACCGGAGAAACACCGCGAGUCGACGACCAGCCGCCGCUGCGAACAGUUCCACGGAGAGAGAAAGACAUAUCAAGAUGAUGAAGCUGAUCGUACUGGCAGGCAUGCUGUUCCUGGUGAGUGUAAAGACGGUAGUCACGAUGCCCGUGGCCGAGAGUCAAGAACCGCUUCAAGUGGUGCCGCUCGAGAAGUUGUCAAACCAGGGUAAACUCGAGGUACCUGCAGCUUCAGCGCAGGACGCGGACGCCGCAAAACCGGCGCCAGCCGAGGCGAAAUCGGCGGAAGCCGAGAAACCGAGCGUGAGGAGCGAAUCUGCAGCUGACGUGUACCAACUGUCGGAGAAGCCUGAGGAGAAGAAGAUCGAGGAUGCUCCGCAAGCGAAACCUGAAGAGAAGAAAGAAGAGCCGACCGCGCAAGAGAUCAAGCCUGAGCAGCAGCAGCAGCAGCCUCAGCCGCAACAGCAAGAGGCUCAACAACAACCUGGCCAGCAGGAACAGAAACAGGAGCAAGUUCCGGAGAUAAAGCAGGAACAGGCUCAAGAAGCCAAGAAAGAGGAGGAAACCUUGAAACAGGCGGCUUCUGAAUCUCACGAGGCAGUGCAGGCUGCUCCUCAAGGGCAAAAGCAGGAAGUUGCCAGUGAAGUUCCAGCAGAAGAGCCCAAAGCUGCAGUCGCUGAGGGCAAGAGCUCGGAACAGGUCGAAUCCGCGGGGAAGAGUGUGACCGCACAACUGGCGAAGGAACAGAAAAAGGUGGAAGAAGCGAAGCCCAGCGUCAGGAAUGAGGGCGAGUCCGGUUCCAUAGCUUCCGCUGAGUCUUCGGAAGAGAAAACUGAGGGCCAAUUGGCUGAUAUCAACAAACCUAAGGAGGAGGAGAAGAAAGGAGAGGAGAAGGUCCGCAGAUCAGCCAUUAAUGAUCCUAAGCCUCAUGCCGAACAGGAGAAGCCCGACCGUGUCACUCGCGAUGCCGAGGAAGCCGCUCAGGAAACUAAGAAGACUGAACAGCCAGCUGAGAAAAGCCCAGCCCCAGCUGAAAAGAGCCAGCUGGAAGAGCAAGCGAAGCCAGCAACGGAGGAGAUCAAGCUAGGUCCGAAGAGCGAAAAGAUUGAGCCAGCCGUCGAACAACCAGCCGUCAGCCCCGAGGAAUCUUCUUCCAAGAGCGAGGAGAAGACCGAAGCCGUCGCGCAACCUGAAAAAGAAGCGAAGAGCGCCGAGGUCUCCACUUCCUCCUCUUCCAGCAGCGCACAGGAACAAUCAUCUGAGCAAGCGGCUAAGUCCGACGACGCCAGCCAAGCUAAACGCGAAACCGCGGAAGUACAGCCUCAGGCGAAGUCCGAACAGGCCGAAGAAAAGAAGGAAGAGCCACAGAAGCAGCAGGAGCCUGCGAAGGAAAUGAAGGAACGCUCGGACGAGUCCUCUCUAUCGUCCGAGGAGAAGUCGGACGAGAAGAAGGAGAGCAAGGGUAGCGAAGAGGAGAAAUCCUCCGAAGAGAAGGAGUCAAAGCCCGCCGAGGAGAACAAACCUGAACUUCUGCCUAAGCCACAAGAAUUGGGAGGGAACUCAGGGAACGCAUAAGCUUCCGACGACGGUCGCAGCGAGAGGUGGGAAGGCGAAUAAUAAGUAACGGCGGCAAACUCCCGUAGAGCAGCAACAUCCAGCGGACAGCGGAUACUGGCUCGGUCAAUGGUCGGGUUCCCAACUGCAUUCUCAUCGUCAUCGACCGGAUAAAAAAUGAGGAAAAUAUUUAAAAGAAACAAAAAAAGAAUCGCACACACAUACAUAAAAAACGAAAAAGAAUGCGCGAAUUCGUUCGGCCCUCGGAUAGAGAAGCGGGAGAGCGUGUACGUCAAAAGAAGUAUGAACGGGAAACGGGAGAGAGAGAACGAGACAGAGUGAGAGUGUAUAUCAGUGUGAAUGGGAGAAAGAGAGAUUGCGCGAGAUCAAUUAUUCUGUGGCAGGGUCCAAAAACUUCCCCCGGCGCGCUACGAUUCCGAAGGAAAUUUUCAUCGACUCGACUCGGGGCAGGAUGAUCACGUGUCGACCUGGCUGUGAGGAGAUAAGACUUACCUCGGGACGGAAGAUCUUGAAACGACGACAGCGAGAAUCACGAGGAAAACGAUGAUAACGAGACGAUCGAUGUUACGUACGAUCGAGUUCCUGAAGAAGAACACCUAUUAACAGGAACACGUGGCCAUCCUUUAGGAUCGGACUUGGCACACUUGCCAGGUGAUCAUCCUCUCCUUCGUCCCGGCGGACACCGCGAUCUGUCCGCGGGGACGAAACCGGCCCCUAACAAUUAGUAUCCUCAUCCCAAAUCCCUUAAGUCUAUUUUUCUUUAUAUUUUUUGUCUCUCAAAAAGAAAACCACACGAACCACAACCACGACCUCAUCCCAAUAAAACUAGUGUGUAGCUCGA